UAACUGCAUUUCAUGAGAGUCUUGCACCUUCUGAACAGUGUGAUAACUGUGGGAUUUCCUCAGCUGCUAUAUACCACUGCAGCGACUGUUCUCCCAGAACAUUUCUUUGCCUUGAGUGCAUCAGAAAAGCUCACUUGUUUCAGUAUUUUCACAUGAUGUAUAUUUGGAGGAUUAACGCAUGGGUACCCUUCUCUCCUGAUGAUGUGAUUAUAGAUUCCUUCGUACAUCAGCAUUGCAGUCACACCUACUUCCGAGAUAUAAUAGUUGUUGAUGCCAAAGGCAGACAUCAUAAAGCCAAAUGUCAAUUCUGUCCCUGUGAGGAAGAGGCAACAACCCUGAUAAGGCACCACUUUUGGCCGUCAUCACCUAAGAAACCAAAGAUGUGCUUCGACUUCCAUAUCAUGGAAAUGCUGCGGGUGUUGUACCUUCAGGUUCCUGUACCUGUGAUGGAUUUUUGCGAAGCACUGAAGCUAAUCUAUCACCCUUUUGUUGUUACAGAUAACCCAAUUCUUCAAGAUGUGUACAAGGUGCUAAUCAACGAAUCCUUUGAAGAAUACCGGUACUUCGUGCAUCAGAUGAAUACAUUAUCAGGCAUCAGCCCCAAUUUUAGUGAGCGGCUGUUUGAAUGCCCAGCAUGCCCACAGAAGGAUGAAUAUCCAAGAAUUCUUUCAAUGGAUGCCAAUUUUGGUCUGGUUAGGAAGAAAACUUCUGGUGAAAGCGUGGCAAAACCAAAACAUGAAGGCUUAUACUUCCUUGACCAAGAUGAGGUGGAUAAAUUUGUGAGGUCCAGUGACAUUUCUGAGCCAAACAAAGAUGUUGACUGCAAUGAAUUCAAAGCUGGCAGUAACAUACGUUCAAAGGGAAGGUAUUACAAACUAGACGAAACUGCAGUGUUUGGGGCUUCGUGCAGGCAUGACUUCCCCCAAAUGAUGUUCAGCUUGAAACAUGGCGAACGGCUUUCCUACCCAGUUUAUCUCCUGCAGCAGCUAAUGGAAAAGUAUGGUACAUCAGAUAUUUCCUUCAUGUAUGACAUUUCGUGCAUGUUUGAAAGUUACAUAAAGAAACACCACAGUGAUAUUUCUCUUGAUGCUGUGAAAAUGGCAAUUCCCAUUUUCCAUGCCUACGGACACAAGUGGGCAGCCAGGUGCGCUACAGCCCACGAAGGCUCCCUGGUUUUGGUCUGACAAAUGGUGAAAGUCUAGAAAGACUGUGGUCCUAUCUUUUGGAGCUUUUCAAAAAUUACCAAAGAGAUGACACCUAGCCAUCGCAUUGAUACGCUGACUGAUGCCCUCAUACACUAUGCAAACAGGAAACAGCUGAAAAUUGGUAAGAAAUGUUAUCCCAUCAAAUAUAAGUGUUGAUAGGUUCACAAGCCCUCAGCUGUUUGUGUGUGUCACAAAAGUGCCCACCUUAGAAAGAAAAAGCAUAUUUCUGGUGAAUUUUUACCAGGAUUGUACAUGUAUGUUAUUGUUGUGAGUAAAAGAUGUGUCAUGCCCAACACUGGCUGUGAUCUGACCUUCGACCAUGUUGUCUUCCAAAAAAAUCCAUUCAAGUCUGUUUCUUUUCUACAAAAGACUUGAAUAACACCGUGUACAUGUACUUCUAUCCACACAACAGUAUUGGACCAGAUGGGUUUUGCACCAUUCAACUUGGGUAUGAAGGAUAUUUUGC